AUGGCUCCCACCUCCACCUCCUCCCCGCGCCCCAUCGUCGUCUCCGGCCCCUCCGGCAGCGGAAAAUCCACCCUCAUAACCCGCCUUCUCUCCCAAUACCCCGACCGCUUCGCCCUCUCCGUCUCGCACACAACCCGGCAACCCCGCGGCACGGAAAAACACGGCGUGGAAUACAAUUUCGUCACGCGAGAGGACUUUCAAGACUUGGUCAAGAAAAAUGGAUUCAUCGAGCACGCGCAAUUCGGGAGUAAUCUCUAUGGCACGAGCGUGCAAGCUGUGAAAGACGUGGCGGAGAAGGGGAGGGUUUGUAUUCUUGAUAUUGAGAUGGAGGGUGUAAAGCAAGUCAAGACCACCGAUCUGAAUGCAAGGUUCAUUUUCCUGCAACCUCCCUCAGUGGAGAUUUUGGAGCAGAGGUUGAGGGGUAGAGGUACGGAUAAGGAAGAGGCGAUUCAGGAACGACUGAAGCAGGCGGAGAAGGAGAUUGCGUAUAGUAAGACCCCCGGGGUGCAUGAGAGGAUUGUGGUGAAUGAUGAUUUGGAGAAGGCUUGGGGGGAGUUUCGGGAGUUUUGUUUGGAGGAGUAG